UUACAAGUGUAGCUGUAAAUAAUAGUAGAGUUGCAGACGCACGCACGCAAUAUCACGAGCGUAAGCUCAGCGACAUACAAUCAAUACACUUGAACUGUCAUAAACAGUCGUUUCCCACCUGCCCGCGAAUAUGCAUCUUUCCGUUCGACAACCACGGAAUCCAAACUACGAGGAAGACAUCGUUUACGUGACGAAACACAACAAAUGGGUUCUGAGUACUAUCGGCAUGUGGCCUACUGUUGUAAAAGGCAUCAGAAAAUUUGUACCGAAACUUAUAAUAAGUCUCAGUAAUUUCGUAUCGUCUUUGAACGUACUGCAAUUUGUGCUACACAUUAUACUGGAAGAAAAAAACCCUACAUUAAAAGUGAGAUUCUUAGGCUUGAUUUGUUUUGCUUCAACCAAUCUGAUGAAGUAUUGGGCUCUGAUAGCGCGCAAAUCCAAUAUCGAAUACUGUAUCGAACAGGUGCAGAUAGAUUGGAAGCAGGUAGAAUUCCAAAGAAAUCGCAUGCUGAUGCUAAAAUAUGGAAAAAUCGGUCGAGAUCUCACCAUAUACAGUGCCGUGUUUAUGUAUGGCUCUGAAAUGUUGUACAUUACAAUCAUGCAAUAUGCAUUGGGAUCAAUGCUGAAGGAAAAUAAUCGUACAACCAGAAUACUAGUGUACCCUACCUAUAGUGGAUUGCUCGACGUCCAAAAAACUCCCAUCUACGAAAUCGUGUACGUUCUCCAAUGCAUGUGCACUCUUUUGUUCAACUCUGUAACAGUUUCAUGUUGUGGAUUGGCUGCGCUUUUUGCAACACACGCCUGUGGACAGAUUGAUAUCAUUAUGUCCCAAUUAGAUGAUCUGGUCGAUGGAAAAUUCGCCAAGAAAAAUUCUAAUCCGGACACUCGACUGACGGAAAUCGUAAAACAUCAUAUAAAAAUUUUAAAAUUUUCUACUAUGAUUGAGACGGUUCUGCAGGAAGUGUGCUUUUUCGAAUUCGUUGGUACCACGUUGGUAGUAUGCUUCCUCGAAUAUUAUUGUCUAACGGAUUGGCAAAGCAAUAAUAAAAUUGGUGUGGCAACAUACUCGAUGCUACUGGUAUCCUUGACGUUCAAUAUGUUUUUGUUAUGCUACAUUGGUAAUCUCCUACUAGAGAAGAGUUCUGACAUUGGAAUAUCUUGCUAUAUGAUUGACUGGUACCGCUUACCACCUAAAACAGUUCAAGAUCUUAUGUUGAUCAUCGCUAUGUCAAACACUCCAGUGAAAAUUAGCGCCGGUAGAAUAUUUCUUUUAUCCUUGCCUACUUUCGGAAAUAUUCUAAAGACAUCAUUCGCGUACUUAAACUUCGUUCGGAAUGCCACUAUGUAAUAAUUUAAUAAAUAUUCCGUUAUUUUCGUAUAUUCACUUGUGGAAUAGUAAAUAAAGAAAUAUAUUGUAAAACUGUUUGUUGCUAUCUAAAUGUACAUUAUACAGUAUACAUUAUUAUUAAUUUCGGUAACGAUAAUUAACAUUAUGAUAAACAUACAGUGAUUUUGACAACAGAUUUAUCAAGCAGAAGAUUAUAGAAAAUGACGAUAUACUAGAUUGUAUUAAUGUAUGAAAUCAUAAAAAAAUACCAAGGUAAAGGCAACAUAUUUUAUUAAUCGUAUUUAAUUACACGACUGACAUAAACAUUAUAUGACAUCAAACCACAGACACAGUGAUUUACUAUGUCCACAUAACACAAUCCGUCACAGCCUAUUUUCAUGUAAAAAAACUAAUAUUUAAUAAUAUCGUGCAAAAUUAACUGGCAGUGAUUAGAUAAUUAAAUUAAUAAUAAGGUAUUAUAGUACAAACAAAUUACAAAAUAUAUGUUACUUUUUUCAAACUACUUUUUCUAACAAAAGAGAAAAUAAAGGAAUUGC